CUAACUUGGAAGGUAAACAAAGGCAGAGAAGCCAUGCUGCAGGAGAAAAAGACCAAGGUGAAGAUCACAUCCUUCAUCAUCCUCGUGGGGAUCUCCUCCAUGUUUGUCGCCAUAGUGACGGACCACUGGGCGGUUCUGAGCUCCCGGCUGGAGCGGCUGAAUUCCACCUGCGACACGGCCCACCUGGGGCUGUGGCGGCUGUGCAAGAAGUCCAUCUUCAUUGCCGAGGAGGACCACCAGGGCAACGCUUGUGGGCCCCUGAGCCUGCCUGGAGCGGAGAACUGCUCCUACUUCAGGCACUUCACUUCAAAGGAGGAGGCGGAAGUCUUUGAGGUAAACACACAGAAAGAGUACAAUCUCUCUGCUGCGGCGAUUGCCAUCUUCAGCCUGGCCUUCAUCCUCCUUGGGACAAUGUGCCUCCUGGGUGCCUUCGGGAAGGGCAGAGAUUACCUGUUGAGGCCAUCUGGCAUGUUCUAUGCCUUUGCAGGUCUCUGCAUCGUCAUCUCCGUGGAGGUGAUGCGUCAGUCGGUCAAGAGGAUGAUCACCAGCGAGGAGACCAUCUGGACGGAGUACUACUACUCGUGGUCCUUUGCGUGCGCAUGCUCAGCCUUCAUCCUCCUCUUCCUCAGCGGCAUCAGCUUACUGCUGGUGUCCAUGCCACACAUGCCUCAAAACCCCUGGGAGACGUGCAUGGACGCCGAGCCGGACACCAUAGACUAGUCUCGCUGAGGCCCGAUCAGGAAUCUCCACUUCCUUCUGUGGGAGGAGGCCCCCGUGCAAUCGCUGUCUUUAUGCUAAAGCUGCUUCUCUCUUUGGUGCCAAUAAAAAAAAAAAAAGUCCACCGCACUCACCUGAAAAUGAAUUGGGAAUAACUAGCUAUAACUUGCUAGUAUUGUCUCACUGCUUUCAGAUCCUGAAAGAUACAGUUAGUUUAGAAAUGCUCAUUUGUAUCCUUUUUUUUUUUUUCAGUUCAGAUCACGUAGCUUCAUAAGUCAGCCUGAG